GUUGCACUACUGUCAGUGCGAAUUUUAAUCGUACGCUUAAGUUGCCUCGUUUUAUAAAUCGCGGAAGUGCAGCGACUGUGUUGUAUUUAUACACUUCGUAGUACCGUCAAAGAGAACACUUAGCCACACUGGCUUUUAAGUGUUAUUAUUGUGGACGUUGUUAAAAAAAACAAAGAUAAGGAAGCGCUAACCAUUAUAACAGACUGAAAAAUGGAGGACGACGCUCCUGUCAUUUAUGGUCUUGAAUUUCAGGCACGAGCACUUACUGCCCAGACUGCUGAAACAGAUGCCAUUCGUUUCCUUGUAGGCACACAGUCACUGAAAUUUGACAACCAAAUCCACAUCAUUGACUUUGAUGAUGAGAAUAACAUCAUUUCUAAGAAUGUCCUUCUGCACCAAGUUGGAGAGAUAUGGCACAUUGGAGCUAGUCCUGCAGAUAAGGCAGUGCUUAGCACCUGCUAUAACAAAACCAGUGACAGCAGGGUGGUGUCCUGUGCAGCAGUAUGGCGGAUGCCUUCUGAUUGGGAGACAGGGAGCCAUGAGUCACCUGAUGACUCCACCCACAACCCCCAAACCCUAGAGCUGCUCUGUCACCUAGACGACAGCACCCAUGGCAACACUACCUGUGUCCUGUGGGAGCCCAUGGGGGAUGGCAAGCGUGUGAUUUCAUUGGCUGAUAACCACGCACUACUCUGGGAUCUGCAGGAGAGCUCCACACAGGCCACGGUCUCCAGCACUGCUUCUCUGGAAGGCAAAGGUCAGCUGAAGUUCACCUCGGGCAAGUGGAGCCCCCACCACAACUGCAGCCAGCUCACCACAGCAAAUGACACUGCCAUCCGAGGAUGGGACCUUCGCACUAUGAGUCAGAUGUACUGUAUAGAGAACGCCCAUGGCCAGCUGGUGCGUGACCUGGACUUCAACCCCAACCGCCAGUACUACCUGGCCAGCUGCGGAGAUGACUGCAAGGUCAAGUUCUGGGACGUCCGCAAUGUGCAGGAGCCCGUUAAGACCCUGGAGGAGCAUUCGCACUGGGUGUGGAGCGUCCGCUACAACCAUAGCCAUGACCAGCUGGUGUUGACAGCCAGCAGUGACAGCCGCCUCAUCCUCUCCAAUAUGGUGUCCAUCUCCUCGGAACCAUUUGGCCACUUGGUGGACGACGAGGAGCUCAGCGAGGGGGAGGACAACCACCAGGAUGACAAGGGUAAGGAGCCCCUAAAGGACAGCGUGGUAUCCACCUAUGAGGAACAUGAGGACAGUGUGUACGCAGUGGAGUGGUCAUCGGCUGACCCUUGGCUCUUUGCCUCGCUCAGCUACGACGGACGCCUCGUCAUCAACAGGGUUCCCCGUGCCCUCAAAUACGGCAUCCUGCUCUGAGAGGGAGGGGGGGGACAGGUGAUCUGAGUGUGUGGG